CUCCUGGAAGCCGGACGACCAAUGGCCAUGCUCAGAGGAGUCUCGCGGGGAAGCGGAGGCGCGGGGGCCCACGUGACUCGCAUGCCGGCAGCCGGCUGAGCGAGCGCGUUAGGUACGGAAGCCGGGAGCCAAGAUGGAGGAGUACGCGCGCGAGCCUUGGUGAGGAGCCGCAUUUCCGCCUCCCGCUUCUCCCGGGAGAGACGAAGAGCGGGACGGAGGGGCGGCGGGGUUGGUCCUUAGCAGGCAGGGCUGGCAGACCCGCUUAGCCUCCCGUUCUUCGGGAUUGGCGGCGGGCAAGUGACCUUGGGGAGCCGCGAGUGGGUCAGCCGCCGCCGCCGCCGCCGCCGCCGCCGGACCGGCUGCAGGGGCUGGGGAAGCCUCUCUUGGCCGGGGCGGCGGGGAGCGCCUUGCUUCUGCCUUGGCCAGCUCCUUUGCGGGUGGAUGAAGUACCCGAUCCCAAAGGAUCCCAGAGACGCGGGAUGGGCUGAAGCUCCCUGUGCCCAGGCAAAAUGGGCAGGUCCAUUUUGCCCUUUGGCGGAACGCAGUUGCAGAAAGGAGGGCGUCUUUUUGCUAAAUUGGAAGCUCCUCGGAGUGCCCUUUUAAUCUCCCAUGUGACAACUCGGAUUUACAUGGCUAUAACUGGCUAUAAGGUGGGACGCGGGUGGCGCUGUGGGUUAAACCACAGAGCCUAGGGCUUGCCGAUCAGAAGGUUGGCGGUUCGAAUCCCCGUGACUGGGUGAGCUCCUGUUGCUCGGUCCCUGCUCCUGCCCACCUAGCAGUUCGAAAGCACGUCAAAGUGCAAGUAGAUAAAUAUGUACCGCUCUGGCGGGAAGGUAAACGGCGUUUCCGUGCGCUGCUCCGGUUUGCCAGAAGCGGCUUAGUCAUGCUGGCCACAUGACCCGGAAGCUGUAUGCCUUCUCCCUCGGCCAAUAAAGCGAGAUGAGCACCACAACCCCAGAGUCAGUCACGAGUGGACCUAAUGGUCAGGGGUCCCUUUACCUUUUAACUGGCUAUAAGGGAAGGUGCUCUGCAGGUCCAUGGGGACAAUACCGGCCAGUUUCUCAUGCAUCCUUCACCCAUAAAGUUUCCAAUUUGCUGAGGUUUUGUAGGAAAUUGCUGGACUGAUACCACCAGUGCAUUAUGUGUAUUCUUCAGCAACAUGGUGCAUGCUCAGGUUACACUUAAAAGCGGGUUGGUUUAAGAGCUGCUGAGUGUACACUUUUGCUUUAUAAGAUUGAAAACACAUCGGAGGACUAUGCAACCAAAAAAUAUAAUACUGCAGAACAGUGGGAUCAGCGCACACCUUGCCAGCACUUUAUGGAUGAGGUUGCUAGAUCCAGUGUACAUGGGUUGGGGUGGAGAGAUAGCUUGCAUUUGUAAAUCAUUCAUGAGGAGCAUGCAGCCUUUGGCCUAGUAUUGGAGGGGAGAGUAGGAGAGUGGAAGGGGGACAAUUGAAGUGCUUGGAGCAAUGUAAGAAGGGAAACCUCUGCAAGUCAUCAGUUCUGACCUGUGUUAAUGAAUGGGGGUGGGGCGGACCAUAGUGGAUGGAGAAUUGGAGAGUCACAGGGUGCGCAGACAGACAUCACUUUCAAAGACCUUCCCUGGCACCCACAGGUUUUCCCCCUCUUGGAAAAAAAUAGUCCUGAAAUUGUAGCCAUUAUAAUACAUGUGUCUGCUUCGUUGUGUCUGGUGCCUACAGCAGCUUCUCUAGUUUACAGAUGAGUCCAAACUGGUUGUUGACCUCUGAAGUAUAGUUUAAAGCUUAAGUGUUCCAGACCCAAUAAUUUUCUGCAAUAGCAAAAUACGGAGGAGAGAUUUUGAGUAUAUAGUUAAUGGGAAAUGGCUGUUAUACUUUUACAAUGCCAUAUGUCCUUCAUUUAUUUCCAUUUAUGAAUAGCUUCCUAUGAAACAUAACAAAGCAAUUAGCAAUAAUAGCAUCAACAUUUAAAACAGAUACCAGACCCGGCGGGGGGCGGGGGGACUCUCCACUUAAAAGGAUUGUGGAAAAAAGAAGAGUCUUCAGUAGGUGCCAAAAAGACAAUCGAGACAGCGCCUGCCUGAUAGGUAAUGGGAAAGUAUUGUAAAUGGUGGGUGCUGCCACACGAAAUGGCCAAUUAUGACAUUAUACAGAACAGAUGCCUUGAUGAGAUGUAAUCUGCAGUAGGCCCUCUCCUGCAGAGCACAGUGAUCUCUUGAAUAUGUAAGAGGUGAGACAAUCUUUUAGGUAAAUAAUCUUUUUAGGUUUAGUGAAUAAGGUUAUAAGAUAAUAAAGUGAUCCAUUUGUUUGUUUUACUGUGGUGUGAUGUUUGCGAGACUGAGCACAUUAAUGUAUGUGUUCUUUCAUUUAGCCCUUGGAGAAUAGUGGACGACUGCGGUGGCGCUUUCACAAUGGGAGCCAUUGGCGGUGGCAUCUUUCAAGCUGUCAAAGGAUUCAGAAAUUCCCCAGUGGUGAGUUAAAAUGAUUUAUUGUGGGUAAGGUUUAUGAUAAUACUUUUUUUAGUGAUAGUGAAAAUUAAUGCACAUAUUUUUUUUUAAAUGGAGACAACUCUAUCAAGGUCUAUUUCAGGAUGUGGCAGAAUCAGGCAUAAAAGGGCCUUCCAUGAGAGAGAAAAUUAGAUGCUUAGAACCUCUUGAGCUUAGCUCAGAAGAUGAAACCAAUGUGCAAAUAAAAACAGUUCUUUUUCGUUUGUUUUUAAACCCUAUUUGCUGUGAGGUGCUAUACAGAAACAAGAAACUGGCAAAACAUGCAACUUGCAGCAAACAAAAUAUGAAGUGUGUUGUUUUCAGGCUAAAUGCAUCCUAAAUUCAGUAUGUGAAGAGCUUCAACUAUUGAAAUUGUUCCAAUUUCUUUCUUUUAUCUGUUUCAGGGUGUAAAUUAUCGGUUGCGGGGUAGUUUGACAGCUAUUAAAACCAGAGCACCACAGUUGGGAGGUAAUUGCACUAUUUACACAACCUCUUUUUCUGUUCUGUUUUUAAAGGGAUAUUGGUAACAGUUCUCACUUCCCUUCCCUUCAGUACAUAAUUGUUCUUAAAUGAAUGGGAUGAUGAAACAUUUCUAUUCCAAGAACACGUGUGUUGAAUUAUACAACUGGUUUCUUAUGGACUAUGUUGUUUUCUGCUUUCUAUGUUUCCCCUCACUGCUACCUCUUAACACCCCCCCUUUUUUUUAACACAACUCAUAUCCAAUACCAGUUUUAGCUCUGUAAGCCUAUCUUGGGCUUUACAUAGCUUUCUCUCCAACUUUAUGAGGUACUUAGUAAUAUGUACUGUUGCACGGUCUGGAAAAGUGCAGAUGAGACUUGUUCAGGGUUAUGCUUCCAUAUUUUAAAAUGAAAGAAUCUAAUGUGCACAGGUAAGUAUACGUAGAAUCUAUGGAAAUCAGUGGCACCUGCACACAUUUUAGGGAUGUGUGCGGGAUUGUGGCCCUGACCAAAAUAUCUACUUGGUGCUUUUCUGAAAAUGAGCAGGGUGCCUUUUCUCAUGUUUGUUUUUAAAAAUCAACUUCUCAGUGUAACUCAUGCAUGUCAUGCUAAACUGUGGUUUAGUGCAAUGUGCAAGCACAGCCAACAUCAAGCAUUUGCUCCUGUUCUCCUGCCACUGGGCAGGCAGCCAAAUAAAACAAUUGUCUUGUUUCAACUGAUUUUGUUUUGAAGUGCCUGGUUUUUAACAUACUAAUUGCGUUUUAUUAAUAUUGCUGAGGGGAUUGAGGACUUGCACAGAAGCUCCAGAGCUUUGAAUUGUUGAUGAGAAACGACUGGUGGCGGCUAGUAGAUUCAAUUGUAGAGUGCAGUGAAUAGAGUCUGUUAGGAAAGGAGAAUCUGGAUAGUGAGAGACUUUAUUGUUAUUUCGGGAUUUUUAGUUAACGUAAUAGGAAUUAUGGGACGCGGGUGGCACUGUGGUGUAAACCACUGAGCCUUGGGCUUGCCGGUCAGAAGGUUGGCAGUUCGAAUCCCCGCGACGGGGUGAACUCCUGUUGUUCGGUCCCUGCUCCUGCCAACCUAGCAGUUCAAAAGCACAUCAAAGUGCAAGUAGAUAAAUAGCUACCACUCCAACGGGAAGGUAAACGGUGUUUCUGUAUUCUGCUCUGGUUUCGCCAGAAGCAGCUUAGUCAUGCUGGCUAUAUGUCUAUGGACAAACGUUGGCUCCCUCGGCCAGUAAAGCGAGAUGAGCGCCGCAACCCCAGUCAGGGGUCCUUUACCUUUUUAGGAAUUAUACUUAUGAAGACAUUUGUGUAUUGUCAGCUUCCUGAAUAAUUAUUGGCAGAUUUUGUCAUGAAUUUGCCUUUGCUUCUGUUGUGGGCUUGAAGUGGAAUAUCUACAGUAACCAUUUCCUUUGCUGGGAACAUGAAACUAAUAUCCAGAAACCCAAAUCAGGAAACUGCUGUUAAGUACUGUUUUCGCCAGUUCUGAACCCAGGUAUCUUUCCCCUUCAAAUAGGUAGCUUUGCUGUGUGGGGUGGUCUCUUCUCCAUGAUUGACUGCAGUAUGGUGAAAGCAAGAGGAAAAGAAGAUCCUUGGAAUUCCAUCACUAGUGGUGCCUUAACCGGAGCUAUAUUAGCUGCAAGAAGUAAGAACACCAGUUUGGAGUGAAUGUUUAUUGGAAAUAUUUCAUUGAAAAUAUUUUAAUGUCACUUUAAAAAAAUGUUAGACAGUCUUAUGUGCACAUAUGCGCUUGACCAUUCUUUCCGCAGUAAGGGUUGUAUUGUUUAUAAAAGUAAGAAUUUAUAAUGAACACAUGAUUGCAUCAAUAUUGCUAAGAUAGGAACUUCGACAAUUUUAGCAUUGAGAGGGGGAAAAAUUGAGUUGUAAAUUCACUCAAGAAUAGAAUCAUUGAAUGCCUUUUAUUUGGUAAACAAUCCGUACUGCUAUUUCUUUCCUGUAUUAGCUCAAUUAUUCUCCUAGCAAAGAUGCGCACAUAACACAUAGCUGACAUUUCCAAUAGUGUUUGUGAAAUAAUCUGCUGUACCAUUAUAAAAUAUUUUUAAAAGCAACCUUUUUCAUAUUCUACCUCUUUUCAGAUGGGCCAGUUGCCAUGGUUGGGUCUGCAGCUAUGGGAGGAAUUCUUCUGGCUUUAAUUGAAGGAGCUGGUAUUCUAUUAACGAGGUUUGCGUCUACACAGUUUCCAAAUGGUAAGAUCCCUACCACAGCUUGGGAUGCAACACAAUAUGUUAGUCAUGAUUCCUUGAGACUUUCCGCUGUUUAGCCAUUUGAAUUCUGUUUAUCUGAGGGAAGGUAUUCUAAACUAUAUAAAGAUCUUUAAACCAAAUGGUUUGUUAUGGAAAUUAAGAUGGUAUAAUAUUGAGGAAUCUGGGAGACCAGGAGUGUGACAAGAUGAGCUUUUUUAUGAAUUAUGGAUUAAUCCAUAAGAUUAAUAUCUUGAGAUCUUCACAGAAUUGGGAAAUGCAAACUGAUAUAAACCAACUAUUAAGAACCAUGGUUCUUGAACCAUAUAUGGAUUAAUUCUCAGUGAGGUGGUUGCCUUUAUGCACACCGUUAAACUUUUAAUGAUUUACACUAAAGCUUGGGUUAUCAACAGAAAUGGUCAGAAAGAAAAACUUUUCAGAUUUUAUCCUAGGCUUUCAUGAGGAUACAGUGGGAUAAGUGGUUGUGCUUACAGUUGAUGGGAAGAUGCCCACAAUGCCAUGUGUAGUGCCUAUGAAAAUCAGUAAUGGGAUCUGUUUAGUCAAAGCAGCAAAGAUGCUUUGGAAAGAUAUGUAUGAAUAGCCUAAAUUGUCCAAGUAUGCAGAUUUACCCGGGAGUAGUCCAGUUGAUUUCAUUGAGUCUUACCUGCUUCAUCAGUGAGACGUUCUCAAAGUAAAGGAAGGAUUGAACUCUGAUUAAUAAGAAUACAUACAGAGGCUUGAACCAGCAAGACUCUGGGAGGGGUGUGUAUAAUAAUCUCCGGCCCAGGUCAUUUUAUUCACAAAAGAGCUUUUUACAGAGUGUUCAUAAGAACCAAUCAGAUUUCUUCUGAGCAUUUCAACAAACCCCACGUGGGGACAAAGUUAAACUACAAACACUAAUUAAGCAUGCACUUCUGGGGUAAAUAAAGAACAGAACUACAAAGGAGUGCCAUCUGGCAACCUCUGAGGUCAGAAACAAGCAAUACACAUGAUAAGAAGGGUGGCCAGGAAGACAGCGAUCAUUAUCACCUUCAGGUGAGAUCUGUUUCCUGGCCCUAAGAUUAACAUCAUAAGAUUAACAUAUCAGAAAAGCUACAUCAAAAGAAGCUGCCCACUAUCUUUCACAGCCCAGGAUGCAUGCCUGCCAAAGCAACUGGGCUGUGUAUGCUGUGUACGUGACUUGUCAAGAAAGAGAAAUGGGCAGUAGAGGAAAUGGCCAGAGAUGCAGAGGGUUGUGGGAUUUGAUCAGAAAUUCUUGUCAAUGAAUUAAACCCAGUCAACACAACGCAUUCAUUGUGGACACAAUGGCUUGAUACAUAUUUUAUAAUUCCUCAUAGUAAUCCCACCUGACCCCACACUCUGGAUAUUUGCACUCCUACAAUCAGGACUGUGAAUGUUUCCUUGGCAACUUGCAAAUGUCCAUGUGCAUUUAACUUCCCACUGAAAUAUACAGCUUGUAGCUGAAAGUGCACUAUUUCUCCACUAACCUCCUGCACUAUAUCCUCCUGACCGUAAUUCCCACCUUCAGGAUCUUUACUAUUAGCUGAUAGGGCAUAUGUGAGCAACCAGUAAGUUGCAUGUACCCCUCCUGCUGUGUGGCCUGCCAGUUCCCCAUUGCUACCAUUACUGCCAUACGUGCUGCUGCUGGUGCAGCAGCCAAGCUCAACAUAAAAUAUCUUCUGCUUGCUUACCCUCCCACUCAGAAGUUUUAGGGGUCGUUUUCCUCUGCUUCAUUGCUGCACUAAACUCAUAUUUGAUCCUGCUGCCCCUGUCUGAUCUUCCUUCUUCCUGUUUCCAGCCAUAGAGCCUGUGCCGUAGAUCCUCUAGAUAUCUUGUGGGCUCUAUGGCCUGGCUUCCUUUCCAUCAGCUCCAGUGUUAUUUUGCAGUGCUGAGGAGCUAAUCCAUGCCCCUUUUCAUACUCAAAAUCUCCUAUUGCACAGCAUUGGAUAUGAAACAGAUUAAUCUCAGUCUGUGUUUGCAGUUUAUGUUUGGUCUACUAGUAGGUAUUUAAAACAAUUGUAGAGUAAAUUAUAAAUGCUUGAUCUGAAGACAUACCCACUGUUAACAUGCUGCAGAGCAUUGAAUACUUAAUGUUUGUUUUGUGUUUCAAAUGCAGGCCCUCAGUUUACAGAAGACCCAUCUCAGUUGCAGCCCUCUCCAUUUGGGGACUAUAGGCAGUAUCAAUGAUUUUGUGUAUCCUCCUGUUUUGUGCGGUUCAACAAAUUGUCAUCCUUUAUGAAUGAGCAAAUUGCAACGUUAUUUGAAGACUUUUCGUUGGAUGUGUGCACCUUGGUUUUCUGUACUUUUCACAAUAUUUAAAAGAUAAUUAUGAAUAGUAGGGUUCUAUUAUUGCAAAGUGGAUAUGAGGUGCUUGAAAAACUCUCUAAUUAAGCCUUGUGGUAAGAGGAUCAAGCAAUGUAUUACAGAAAGAAAGGAAUCUGUGGCCUUUACAGUGUAGCGUUUAUCACACUGGUGCCAAUUUUAAGGAAAAGAACAGUCAUAAUGCAACAGAGCUGCCUAGCCCAAGAUCUGAUGUCUUCCACAAGAGUGGACUAGUAUCAGGGCAAAUGAGGCUGUCUGCUUUCAGUUUUAUACUAUACAAUUGGAAUUAGGGACAGAAAUGAAUAGGGAGUAUUUAUUUUCUUCCUCCUCCUUACUAUCUUUAAUGCACAGACAGGUGUGAGAGGUGGUAAUUAUUUUUCUUAAUACAGUGGUCCAACAUAAGCACUCAAAGGGAUAUAUUCAUAGCAGAACUACUGAAGAUAGUUCAUAAAAACUCGACCAUUUCUUUGCAGAGUACCUAAGGACUUCAGUUUGCUUUCUCCAGAGUUGUCCUGGGCUACAGGACACUCAAGUUUGAAUGGCCAUUUUGCAUCCUUUACAAUUAGAUCUUGUAUGUAAUUCACAUAUUAAUGUAAGAGUGGAAUGUUGAUCAUUUUAUGGUGUAAUUUGCACGUUGUAGGGUCUACUUCUCAAACAAGAGAAGUAUUCAGAGUAAAUCUAUUACCCCCAAAACGUAUUCAACACUUGCACAGCCUGAAUAUCUCUUUAACACUUUGAAUGGACUUUCCACAUCCAGAUAUGAAUUGAUAAUAUAUUACAUCCACAGUCUUCUUAACUGGAUCAAUGAUGAUUACUUUUGCCUAAAUUAAAAUCUGUUUGCAGGUGUCUAUAAAUGUGGAAAAUUGAACAAGCUGAAAUACUCCUGCUAUUCCAGACAUUCAGCAUUGUUCAGUGUUCCUCGUUACUGACCGUGCUUUUCCAUUAAAUGUGGUUAUUUAUAAAUGUCA